AUGCUUUUGAAACGUCAGGCCAGUAAAACUAUGGUUCCAGAGAUCGCCUUUUCUUCUGAUUUAUGUCCGGGGACACGCAUCUUCGCUUCUAUUAGCAAUAUUUUCGGGCGCGAAGCGCUUGAGUCUGCACGGCGUUGGGAAAUAUUCACCCUUCGUGUGUCUUCUACGUACGCGCAAAUACAAUUUCUCUACAGAUGCCUUGACAAUCAUGUGCUUCCGAAGAGCCUGUCCUACAGGCCACCGGUAAACACAAGUCUGGCGAAACGGUGGGUGGCUGAACAUGGCAGGCGAAUGAUUCGAGCGCUUCUCCAAGAUUGCCAUCUUCGACUGCGUAAAUACAACAGGGUUUUGAGCCAAGCGGUUACAAAGUGCGUCGAACUCAUCGGUGAGGACGGAGUCACGCAUUUGCAACAAGUGAUUAAUAAACGGGCCAGAAACCUGCGAGCAACAAGAGAUGCCGAGCUGGCGGUCAAGCUCCAGAGUAUAAGCCAAUCAUCUCAAGAGGAGAACGAAGUCCUUGUGCACAACAUGUCCUCUAAGCAGCUGACCCCUGCACAAAUGAAAGCGCUGAGUCAUGAGGCCUGCUUCAACACCACAGACGCCGAUUCGGUCAAUCUCGUGGCCACGGUUGAGUCGAUUCCCAAACAAACCGGGGAAUCCGACGAAACAAAGCAACUCAUUCGACAGCAGGUAACCUCCUUGGCGAUGGCGCACAAACCACGUGCAACUAUUACCAAGGCCGAGCAGAGGGCUCUCAAGACACUGAGGGCUGACACCAGCAUCGUGAUUCUACCAGCAGACAAAGGGCGCUCCACAGUUGUGAUGGAUAAGGCAGACUACAUUCAGAAAGCCAAUGCCCUACUGGAGGACCGACAGGCGUACCUACCAUGUAACGAUGAACCGAUGAGGAAGCUGGUGACGCAACUGGACAAACUCUCGCCGACAUGCAAACCAGCAAGGCAAUAA